CCAGGUCGUAGGUCACACAGGGCAAAAAAGUAAAUAAUGGCCGCGAGAGCAGACGACUUUACUCUUGUGCAGAGAAAAAAGAGAAGUAAAGGGCGAACUUUCUCAAGUAAUGGCAGAAAUUUGAAAGAAGAAAGGCGGGCUGAAAGUGGACCUGAUUCAUCAAAGGAAUUAAAAGAUGUAGAUGUUGCGGCCCUCCGGAAGAAAAUAUUACACGUAAAAGAUGAUUUGGCAAUCAGCAACUUUUAUGAAGACUUUAAAGAUCUGCUGUCAAAGGUUCUUAGCAAUUUGAGACGCGAUGUUGACACAACAAACUGUAGCUCUGAUCAGGAUUGCUAUGACAUACAAGCAACUGAAAGCCGGAACACUGUGGUUUCAAAACUUAGUGACGGUUAUGAUGAUGAUUCUAAACAUCCAACGCAAAGUUCACACAAAAGUAAAUCCCAAGACUUUCAUCUUGAAGACUUAGCUUCAAAGACUUGCAAUUUGAUUCUUCACGGUGAGAGGUUUGGAAUCUUAAAAGACUCCUCCAAAAGUGAAAACAUCAAGGAGGAGUGUACAGGUACCUCUCAGCAUCGCGAUGACCUUGGAUUGAACAAGUCUGAAGAGGUCAAUUUUGAGGUCAUUGAUGGGACAAAGGUUGAGGGUCAAUUUAGUGUUGAGGUCGACAACCAGUCAGUGGAAACGGUUGUGUGCUAUGGUCUGGGUAAUUUCUCGGACUGUAUCAUCGCACGAUACCAGCUGGCUCUUUUGAUUCUCAUUUGUGGAUUUUUAAAGAUUACAACUGCCUGCUGUCAUGUGUACGACCCAAGGUUUACAGAAGAAGAGAAACAAAUCCUGUUGAAUCUAGGUUUCAACGUUAUCCAACAGAAUGAGGAGUGCAAAAGAGCAGCUUCUGGGACCACACUAUUCUACAUGCCUCACUGCGGGAAACCUCUGUAUAACAACUUACUGUGGGCCAACUGGAGUACGCAAAGAUUGUCGAGUAUUGUCAUCAUCGGAAAUAGCUUUCAGAACAUUCAAGAAAGAAUACCCAGUCGACUCCUGAAGGAUUUCUACUUCUUGAAUAAUAUUACUCCUUUCACCAGAGAAUUCCCUGUCAAGAAUAAGCUCCAGUUUGAUGACAUUUUUAACGACACGUCAAUACAUAUAUUUCCUGUGGAAAGACUGCUAGAGAUUCCCAGCCCAUUGUGGGAGAAUUGUAAAGAGCCAAAAUAUGAUCCAGAUUUACAACUGGAAAUUAUUCUUCGAGACUGAAGGCCCGGUCACACAGGCCUUGAUAACGAGAACGAAAAAGAGACAUUACAAAAUGCACCCACUCGAUUGGUUGAGUACGCGUGCGUGCGUGGAGCAGUUCAAACAAUAGAAUGCGCUCUCUUUGCGUCGUUUUCAUUAUUGGUGCAGUGUGACUCAGCCUCAAGACAUCACACAACCUGUAUGCAUUUUGCGUAAACAUAGGGUUUAAACUGCCUGUAACCACUGGGCUAGCUCUGGUGGUCUAUUGGUAAGACAUCUGCUCUAGCAAUGCAAGGGUCGUGGGUUCGAAUCCCACCAUAGUAGUGUAUGCCUGUGGAAUUUUUUCAGGUACCUGCCAACCUGAAUACAUUUUGCUUAAAAAUAGGAUUCCAACUGACUUUAACCACUGGGCUAGCUCGGGUGGUCUAGUGGUAAGACAUCUGCUCUAGCAAUGCAAGGGUCGUGGGUUGGGACCCCACCAGAGCGAUUUGCCUGCGGAAUUCUUUCACAGAACUCUGGAAAGUACGGUGUAUACAGUGCCAAAUACCCAAUGGUGUAAGGGUAAAAAGAAAUUAUAUACAUGUUAUUUGGUUAGUAAAACAAAAUGCUCCCCCAAAAAAAUCACACAGGCAACAUUGUAAUUUAAACUUUUGUUCUCAUUUUAUUAAAAGGAUAAAGUUAAAAUAAUUGCAAAACAAAAUUACACAAACCCUUACUAUUUAUUGUGUGCCCAAUUUCAUAGCUCAGCUUACUGUAAGCACAGAAUCGACGCGUGCGGAAGCAGUGACUUCUGCGCUUGCGGCAAGCAUAUAUGUCAUGCAGAAAUUUGCCGCUUGCAUGUAAGCGCGGAGAAUAGUGAUCGUAAGCCAGAACUCGGCAGUAAGCCGAGCCAUGAAAUUUGGCCCUGUAGUAAGUGUGAGGCAGUUGGGUGUCUGACCGACAUUUGCUCAACACUCUAUUCAGAGUUCAAAAACCAUUCCUUCACAUGUAAAUACAAAUUUAAUGCAAGCAAUUUUGACUCUGUUUUACAAUUUACAAUAAAUUCAGAUUCCUUAUUUGAAAAAAAAAA